AGAGUGAGACCCAGUCAGAACCUGCUGGACCGACCCGGACCUGAUCCAGACCAUCAGAACUGAACUGAUCCAGACCAUCAGAACCGAUCCAGACCAUCAGAACCGACCCACUUGGAGCAGUCAGCUGAGUAUCUGUCCAGGAUGUGGGUGUUUCUGAUGAUGGUGUGUCUGCUGGACCAGAACCAGGCUGCACCGUUACCACGGCAACAGGGCAGCCUCCAGCCCGUCCUCCAACAACUGGACCAGACGACACCUUCUUCCAUCUAUGAUGACGGCCAGCAGAGAACAUCCUCCUCUUCCUCCUCCUCCUCCUCCUCUUCAUCUUCAUCAUCAGUUUCCUCCGAGUCGAGCCAGAGUUCAGAGGAGCCUCAAAAACAGCUGAGUGAAGGACAGAACCUGGAGAACACGACUGUGGAGCAGGUGGACUCGUCCCAGGAGAGCUCGGAGCUCCUCCCGUCUCCUAGCAACAGCACCAGUCUGUGGCUCAAUGAACUGGUUUCACUGGGAGAAGUAGACACAGGAGACGCCAGCGCGGCGAGCAGAGAGCGCCGAAACCAGGCACUGGUGUCAACCUUUCACCACCUCCUGAGUCCACGGCGACUCGGCGGACGGGGACUCGUAGCUGUCGCCGAGGGAGGCGUGGCCAUCGGAGAGGAGAUCGACAGCGAGUUUCCCCGACUGCUGGACGACAGCACGGAGACGGCAGACGCCGGGCUGACCUUCGACCACGCCCACCACCACGGCUACCAUGGAAACGAGGCGGGGCUAGAGCUGGGGCUGUGACCGAGGCCACGCCCCCCCUGUCCUGUUGACAGCUACCAAUCAGUAAUCAAUCAAUUAUCUGAUUUAUAAUCGCUUUACUAAUCAUAUCGAUCAUGUUUAUCACCUGUCAGCUCGUUGUUAAGAAUAAUCAAUAAUUAACGAUCAAUAAAAGCUCAUCUAUUAUUCAUAACGAUCAAUAAAAACUCAUCUAUUAUUCAUAACGAUCAAUAAAAACUCAUCUAUUAUUCAUAACGAUCAAUAAAAACUCAUCUAUUAUUCAUAACGAUCAAUAAAACUCAUCUAUUAUUCAAAACGAUCAAUAAAAACUCAUCUAUUAUUCAAAACGAUCAAUAAAACUCAUCUAUUAUUCAUAACGAUCAAUAAAACUCAUCUAUUAUUCAUAACGAUCAAUAAAAACUCAUCUAUUAUUCAUAACGAUCAAUAAAACUCAUCUAUUAUUCAUAACGAUCAAUAAAAACUCAUCUAUUAUUCAUAACGAUCAAUAAAACUCAUCUAUUAUUCAUAACGAUCAAUAAAAGCUCAUCUAUUAUUCAAAACGAUCAAUAAAAACUCAUCUAUUAUUCAUAACGAUCAAUAAAAACUCAUCUAUUAUUCAUAACGAUCAAUAAAAACUCAUAUUAAACUGGUUUAAUAUGCCGAAACUAGAAAUGAUUGAUUACCAAACGUUACCACGGCGACACCAUGUGGCCACUAAACCAACGGCUCCCAGGAUUAAUUACCAAAAGUUAUUCCUCAUUUUUCGUCAACUUCCACCCCGGUCUUUUCAAAAUAAAACUACCUGUGUAGCUUCAGGAAGAGACGGCGGUUUGGGUUAAAAUAACUCGGAUGUUACGUGACAAAUAAAUAAAUCAACUUCUUGCCUCACACGGGGCACCAUAGUGGACUACAUCCACCCCGACCUCCUCUCUAGGCGGCGUUCGUCGUUCUUUAUACUUCCUGGUUCACGGUUACGUGGAUUACAUCCUAUUUAACUUAGCUGGGUAUAUAUAGGAUAUAGGAUAUAGGAUAGACUGUAUAUGAACUACAGUGUGUUACUGUUAGUAAGUUUAGCGACCAACAGCCUGAAGAAACGUCCUGGAAACUAUCUAAAUAAAAUCUGAAUGUUUUCGCUGUGUAUCUCCGACACGUUUCAUCUGAUCAUGUUUGUUUUUCUGUGAUUGGUUGAAGUCUUUAACUCUUAAUAUUAUUAUUAUUAUUAUAUAUAUAUAUUAUUACUAUCUUAUCUGCUCUGAUUCAGGAAGCUGAAAUAAGAUCUCAAGAUUCUAUUAUUUCUCAGAUGAUGUUUGAUGUUAACAGGAAACGCUGAGCUGUAAUAACGUGACUGUAUAUUCAUUAUUAUUAUUAGUACGUGUAUCUUCUGUUCAAUCCGAUGUUUGUCAAUAAACAUUCUAUAAACAGAA